AUGGCUCAAGACACAGACGACAGACCCAAGAACCCUCUUCUCUGCGAAAAGUGCCAGAUAUGGGAUAGUAUCGACUCUUACGCCGAAUGGUGGCCUUAUCCAGAGGGGUUUGAUUUCCCCCAAAACGUGGCAGAAAGCGUCCAGUGCAUGAUUUGCAAAGCGGCCAUUACAGCAAUCGCCGCUCGAGUCUCGCAGAUGAGCAUUCCUCAAACCUCACAGGUUCUCUUUCGCAACAAUGGGCCGUACUUUCUGGAUCACGAUACUGGGGAUCCAUCGGAUUCCAUCUCGCAUCGUAUCGACACAUCGGAUCCAUCUGAGAGCAUCGUUCGCCUUCUCAUGGGCUUGGUAGUCAAGAUAGAACCGGCGGCCCCAACAGUGCCCACCACAGCUCAAGAUGGGCCGGCAGAGUUCGAAAUGACGCCUCAGUUCUGUCUGCGGUAUGGACACAACGGCCCACAGUCCUAUCUGAAGAGCGUGGAGCCAUGGGAAGUCCCCCUGUUUGAUGUUUCACUGUUGAAACAGUGGCUUCAAGGCUGUGCAAAGAUUCAUGGAGCAGAGUGCAGAAGGAACAUCCAAACCCAGCUCGAUGAAUUGCCUCGAGGGUUCAGAGUCAUCAACUUGAAUACAAUGAAUGUGGAAGUAGCGACAUCGGCAUUGACAUAUGUGGCACUGAGCUAUCGGUGGCCGCCGGAAAAGGACUCUGAACGUGUGCAGCUUGAAAAAGGCAAUUGUGAGACUCUGGAGAAACCAGGUGGUCUCGCGAAGAUUGCUUUGCCGCCUAUAAUUACGGACACGAUGUUGCUAUGCAAGCAGCUUGGCGAGGACUAUCUCUGGAUCGACCGGUUCUGCAUCAUCCAGGACGACGCGGAUUCGAAGCACGGCCAGAUACGCGGCAUGGAUAGGAUCUAUCGAUGUGCAAACUUUACCAUCAUGGCGGCUCUCAGUGGACAGGAAGCAUGGGGACUUCCGGGCCUCGUCGGCCGACCGAGGGUCUCAUCGGUGUACAAGCCAGCUCGUGAACUCGAAGGAGAAUUGAGAGAAAUCAAGCCAAGAGGGCUGUCUGCUGCUGAAACUUCAAUCUGGAACACCAGAGGAUGGACCUUUCAAGAAAGAGUCUUGUCCACCCGUCGUCUCUAUAUCACUGAGCAUCAGGCCCUAUUCGAGUGUUGCUUGGGAUGUGCAAGUGAGGACCUUGCGCAUUAUCCUCCACACCAAAGGGCCAACAUGGGCUUAUCAGUCAGCAAGGACAAGGCUCCGGAGGAUGAGUUCAGGGAACUUCCUGGGUUCUACAGAUGGCCUGGCAUCGGCAGAGGCGUCAACUACCACAUCACAGACAACACGUCUCUACAAGACUACCUUGACUGGGUGGCAAACUACACUUCGCGACAGCUCUCUUUCGGCUCUGAUGUCUUGAAUGCUUUUUCCGGCAUUGGGAACAUUCUUGGUCAAGUGUUAGGAUCUCGUCUCAUCUUUUGUCUCCCGGAAAAGUUUCUCGUGCAGGCUCUUAUGUGGACUGCCUCUGACAACAUCGAGAUGAGAACCGGUAUGCCUGCGGAUCUUCCAAGCUGGAGCUGGGCAAGCUCCCCCAGUAAGGUGGACUACGAAUGGAUAACAGAAGACAAGGAAGAUUGUCUUCGUGUCAUCAGUCUUGUUUACUUUUACCUUCAAGAUGCCAAGGAAGGUCUUCGGAAGGUCAAGACACAGGAGUGGUGGGUGGAGGCAGAAAUGGCUAUCGAGGACUUCAGAAACAGAGACGAUGUACCGCCUGUCGAAAAUAUCAGCAAAAAGUACCUCCCGGGCCAUCAGAGAACAAGCUUGACGUGGCGAGAGUGCCCUCACAAUCCGUGGCAGACACUACUUCACACCACAUUGGACCCAGAGGCUUGCAAAGUCGCUUCUGGUCUCCCUGGCUCUUUGGUGUUCAACACCACCGUGGCUAGAGUGAUGCUGGGCCGACAAUCUUACACUACUUCUCGAGGGGAAUUGGUAGAACAGAUGCUGGUUCUGGAUUCCAACGGGGAGCAAAUAGGCAUGAUCAAGGGCGCGUUGCCUCAGAGUCAGAAGCUCAUAGAGGAGAAGCAAGAGAUCAUUGUCAUAUGCGGCGCUUUAGCGGGCUCGUCCGCUCGUAAGAUGUCUGCUAAGUACUUCCGCGACUUUGAUCAGUGGCAGUUGCAUGUCAUGUUGGUGGAGAGAAAUGGGCCAAGUCCGUGUGUUGUUCGCCGGGUGGGAGUUGGCUAUGUGGGUGCACAUAAAUGGAAGGGUUGUGCUCCGGCGUGGGAGACGGUUGUGCUUUGCUGA